ACAUCUAUUAUCUGUUGAAUGUUAAAAUGAGACUUAUAUAAGUAAAUGAUAUUUCUAUUUUUCUUCAGUUCUUCGAGAAUAUUAGAAGCAUAACUUAUUAAAUUAUGGUAAUGCAAAAUUCAUUAUUUAUGCCAAUCGUUAUUUCGAUUGGCUUUUUUGUGAUAAUCUUGAUUUUAUAUAUAAAAUACAAUCGCACUUACUGGGAAAGAAGAGGUGUUCCUACUGUACCUGGUCACUGGUUAUUCGGUAACAUAAAAAAGAUAUUAGAUCUAGAAAAACCUCCUGCUUACGUAAUAGGUGAUAUAUGCCAAAAAAGUUCUGAAAACGAUGGCAUUCUUGGAAUUUACAUAUUUUUCAAACCAUUCUUAUUAAUAAAAGAUCCAGCAAUAAUGAAACAAAUCUUAAUUAAAGAUUUCAAUUAUUUUUCGAAUCGCAGUUUUACGAUUCGAUCAUUUCAAGAUGAAAUUGGAAAUACAAAUCUUUUUUCAUUGAAGAAUCCCCAAUGGAAAUAUUUAAGAACUAAAUUAUCACCGAUAUUCAGUAGUGCAAAAGUGAAAAAAUUAUUCCAUUUAAUGGUUGAAGUUGCCAAUUCGAUGAAUAAAUAUUUAGAUGAUGAAUUUUCAAACAGUACGAAAACGAAAACUAUUAUGAUAAAAGAUGUUACUCUAAAAUAUACCACUGAUGUCAUAUCUUCUGUUGCUUUUGGAAUUCAAGUAAAUUCAUUUAAUCCUAAAACAUUACAAUUUUAUGAAGAAGCUCAAAAAGGACUCAAAAUGACAUUUUUUCGUGGCAUUCAAUUAAUUAUUUCGUUUUUCUUUCCAAAACUUUCGCCAUAUUUGAAUGCUAGAAUGUUAGGAACUUCGACAAAUUUCUUUCGUAAAGUAUUCUGGAAUUCCAUGGAUAACAGAGAAAUAACUAAAAAUAAACGAGAAGAUUUAAUUGAUUCUUUAAUAGAAUUGAAAAAUGACAAACAAGAUAAAGAUUUCAAAUUUGAGGGUGAUGCAUUGUUAAGUCAAUCAGCAAUUUUCUUUAUUGCUGGACGCGAGUCAACUGUAUCAACUAUAUGCUUCACGCUUUAUGAACUGGCUAAACAUCCAGAAAUUCAAAGACGAACACGAGAAGAAAUUAAUGAGAAAUUAAAGGAACAUGGAAUGACUUAUGAAGGUGUUCAAAGCAUGAAAUAUCUUCAUCAAGUUGUAUCAGAAAUUCUACGACUUUAUCCUCCGGCUCCAAUUAUCGAUCGAGUUGCCGUGGCGGAUUAUAAGAUACCAGGAACUGAUAUAGUCAUAGAAAAAGGAACAUCAGUUUUCAUAGUUCUAACUGCACUUCAUUGUGAUCCAAAAUAUCAUCCAGAUCCUCUCCGUUUUAAUCCUGAUAGAUUCAGUGAUGAAAAUAAAGAAAAUAUCAAGCAAUGUACAUAUAUGCCAUUUGGAGAAGGACCAAGAAUUUGCAUUGGAGCUCGAAUUGGUCAAUUGCAAUCUAUUAUUGGUUUGAUUACUAUAAUUAAAAGUUAUGAAAUUUCAUUAAAUUCUAAAUGCAAAGGUGAUCUUGAUAUUCGUAAUAUUUUUUUAUCACCAGUAAACGAUUUUAGUUUAAAUUUAACAAAAAUAUAAAUAAUCUUUAUAUUUUAUAUUUUAAUUAUUUGUUUACAAAUAAAACGUUUAAUUUACAUUUUAUAAUAAAAAUAUUGCAUUGUUACAUUUUAUAGUAAAAAUGAAUAAAAUUUUACAAUGAUAGUACAAUAUUUAAUAAAUAUAGAAUAUUUAAUCCAGUUCUAAAAAAAUAUAUUUCCUGCAUGUUGUAUUGACAUUUCUUUGAACUGAAAUCAAAGAAAAACUGAAAUCAAACACCAACAUAUAUAAUACAUAUGUUUUAUAAAUAUUUUUUUUAUAUAUUGUGUAUAUUAUAAUCAAAUUUAUUCAUAAUUUAAAACAAAUAAUAUCAAAUUAUGGUAUAAAAAGAUAUAUAUAGAAUAUUUCUAACAAAUAAAUGAUAAAUAAUAUAUAUUUGGAAGAGAAAAGGAAAAAAAGAGAGUGUAUGUAAAAAUAACGAUAAACAGAAGAGAAUGACAAAGCAACGCAAAAGAAUUGAUAAAAGAAAAAGAAAGAGGAAUUAAUCAAGAAAGAAAGAAAGAGAAAUUGAUAAAGAAAAGAAAGAAGAUAAAAAAGAAAAGAGAAGAAUGACAAAGGAGGCUCAGAAGAAGAUAACAAGAGUGCAAUGAUAAAGAACGGAUAGGAAAGAUGAUAAAAUACAGGAAUGAUAAAAAAGAAAAAAGAAAAAAAAGAAGAUAAAGAAGAGGGAAAGAAGAAAAUCAUAAAAGUAUAAGUGGCAAAGAAGAAUAGAAGGAAAUGAUAAAGGAAGCAAAAGAAAGAUGACAAAGGAAAUGAAUAACAGAUGAUAAUAAAAAAGAGAGAAAGAGAAUGAUAAAGGAAGAAAAAGAUAUGGAAGACUGACGAAAAUAGAUUGACAAUAGAAAGGAGAGAAUAAAAAUGAAAAAAAAAGAAUAACAAAGAAAUAUAGAAGGAUAGUAGCAAUUAAUUAAUUUAUUCAUUGUUUAAUAAAAAAAUAAAUCGAUAAUUUCUUUUCAAUAAAAAAAUAUUUAUUAUAUUCAACAGAUUUCCUACAUGUUUGAAUUUAUUCGUUUAAUCAGUGGCAUGUACACAACAUUACGGCUAAUUCUUAAUCUAAUGAUUAAUUUAUACUACUUUACAGACAAAUUGUUAAUCUAUAUUACUUGUAUUAUUAUUAUAUUGAUACUAAAAAUUUCAUAUAAUAGUUCCUGAAAUAUUUGGAUGGAUUAACACUUAAUAUAUAAAAUUUAAAAAAAUAAAUGUAAAAUAUUCAGUUUUGUAAUUAGAAAAUAUCAGUGUAAAGAAAUCAAUAUGUAAAAAGUUAAUGUAUUAAAUAUCAUAAUUAAAAUUAAAUAAAAUCAAAAAA